UCACUUUCUUCCUUUUACAUUUUCUCACACUGAAAAAUCACUCAGAGAAAAAACAAGGAAAGAAACUAAAAAAGAAUGGGUAGGCAAUUUGUUAUCGUUGCGAUCUGUAUCGUCCUCGUCGCCGGCGUCGGAGGUCAAGCUCCGUCUUCACCACCAACCGCUACACCAGCACCACCGACUCCAACAACUCCACCACCAGCAAUGACUCCUCCUCCUGUCUCAGCUCCUCCACCAGUCACCACUUCUCCUCCUCCAGUCACCACCGCUCCUCCUCCGGCUACUCCUCCUCCAGUCUCUUCUCCACCACCUGCAUCUCCUCCUCCUCCAGUCGCAUCUCCUCCUCCCGCUACUCCUCCUCCAGUCGCAUCUCCUCCUCCAGCUACUCCUCCUCCCGUCUCAACUCCUCCUCCAGCUCCUCUCGCUUCCCCUCCCGCUCAAGUUCCAGCUCCUGCUCCGACCAAAAAGCCAGAUUCUCCUUCUCCGUCGCCGUCUUCAAGCCCUCCUUCUCCGGCGACUGAUGCUCCGGGACCAAGCAUCGAUUCUCUAUCUCCAGGACCUGCCAUCGAUUCGAAUGACCAGAAUGGAGCGAGCAAGACAGUUUCGAGCUUGGUACUUGGAUCUGUUCUUGUCUGGUUUAUGAUCUAAGCAAGGAGUCUUUCAUGCGGUGUUUCCUUGCAUUUAUUUUUAUGUCGUCUAUGUUUUGUUCCAUUGUUAUUACUUUGGGGACUGAAUUCUUUUGGGAUUUAUUAUCUUUUGGAGAGGAUAUUAUUGAGAGUUGAGAUGGAGAUCAGGAUAUUUUGUUUGGAGAUAUUUUUGUGGCUUCCCUUCUCAUUCUAUUUGAUUAUUAGUGUAUUGAAUUCCUUUUUCUUGAUGUCUAUUAUAUCCCUUUUUAUUUU